UAAUUAAUCAAAACUGAAAUGAUUUAGAACCUGUUGAUGUUAUUACGGUCAUAGGAGACUUCAAUUAGUCCUUGAGCCGUAAAACAGCCUUUUUUUAAUCAACCUCCCAACCCAAAAAUCCCUAAGUCGUGUCAACGUCAAUCUCAAAACAAUAAUGUAAUCGCCUAAAAACCACCGAAAUUGCCAAUAAAUCACAAUGAUCGGUUUUGUAACCUUUAUAGCUUCUCUUCUGUAUUCCACCGAUUUCCUCCUAUUUAUCUCCUUAAGCACGUUAAUACUGAUCGGAGUCGUCCUCCCCGUGAUUUUCCUCUACUUGCGUGCAAAAUACCACCGCCAGAAAGCCAAAAACAAGUCGUCUAAAGUCCAAGUGGGGCUUUUUCACCCUUAUUGUAACGCCGGUGGGGGCGGUGAGAAAGUCCUCUGGGUGGCAUUACAAGCAYUGCAGAAACGGUACAAAAAUGCCGAWUUUUUUAUUUACACUGGGGACAUUGAAGCCACCCCUGGAGAGAUUCUAGAAAAAGUGACUAAAAUCUUAAAUGUGAAAGUCGAUAAAAAUGUCAAGUUUGUUUAUUUGACUCGUCGGAAGUGGGUUGAGGGGGGCCAAUACCCCUAUUUCACGCUUCUGGGGCAGGCUUUGGGGUCUGUGUAUUUGGGGUUUGAAGCCCUUAAUCAAUUAGUUCCAGACAUUUAUAUUGAUACAACUGGGUUUACUUUUACUCUCCCCAUUUUUAAAUAUUUGGGACGKUGCAAGACAGGUUGCUACAUCCAUUACCCCACAAUUACCAARAAAAUGAUGUCUCGRGUGUCCAACCGCCAGGCACUUUACAACAACCGGAGUUUGAUAGCCAGGAGCCCCAUUUUUACCCACGCGAAACUUCUCUACUACCGGCUUUUUGCAUGGUUGUAUUGCUUGGCUGGUCAAUGCUCUGAGACAACUCUAGUCAACUCAACCUUCACUUUAGAGCACUUGACGGAGCUCUGGAACCGCCCCCUUCACCUCGUGUACCCCCCUUGUGAAAUAGAUCACUUGAAAAAAAUCCCACGGGCGAAGGAGCGCCCCCGGAGGAUCCGCAUCCUGUCUUUGGCCCAAUUCCGGCCCGAGAAGGACCACCCCUUGCAACUCCAGUCGCUCUACGAACUCCGGGAGAUUUUCCCCGAUUUUGAAAAUGUCACUUUGGUGUUGUGUGGGAGUUGUCGCAACUCUGAGGACAGCACAAGAGUCGCCGAYUUGAAAGAUUUAAGCAAACAUUUGAGUUUGGAGAAUAAUGUUGAGUUUAGGGUGAAUUUGACGUAUGAGGAGUUGUUGGAGGAGUUCCAAAAGGCGUAUUUGGGGGUGCACACGAUGCUGGAUGAGCAUUUUGGGAUUAGUGUAGUGGAACAGAUGGCAGCGGGGUUGAUUGUGGUGGCACACCGGUCAGGGGGGCCCUUGUUGGACAUUAUUGAGACGUCGGAAGGGUCCCGAUUGGGGUUUCUGGCCACCACCCCCGAGGAGUACGCCCACGUGAUCAAGUAUAUCUUGACAGGGGGCGAGGAGGAGGUUUGCGCGAUAAGGGAGAGGGCGAGGGCGUCAGUUGAUCGGUUUAGUUGUGGGAAGUUCCAAGAGGAGUUUUUAAGGGCCAUUGAUCCGUUAUUUAAAUAAAGGAUUUAAAGUUUA